CGAACUAUAUUUAAAGGCGGAGCAAUCCCAUCUACUUAUGUAGUGUGCGCUUUAGCGAAUAUGAACAAUCAGCGACUAAAGAGAUUACACCGAAUUUACCGUAAUAGGUCAAUUGACUGUUGAUUGAGACUUGAAUCACAGAAUGUAAAUUAUCACAAUGAAGCGUAAGUUGGAGGGAGAAGAUUCCUCCUCCCCGCAGACCUCAGACACAGAAAACAGUUGUAGUUCUGUAGUCACCAACAGCAGCUCAGAUGUACCACUGGACCGAAUCCAAGAUCUUCCCACGAAGAGGAAGAAAGCGAAGAAGUCCGUCAAGUUCCAGGGAGUCACCGUGUUUUACUUCCCUCGGAUUCAGGGCUUCACCUGCAUCCCCAGUGAAGGGGGAUCAACUCUGGGGAUGUCAGACAAACAUCUUUACAAAAAAGACUUUUCUUUACAAGAACACUACUCGGAACAAAAGAGAAUUCACAAGUUAUUCUUGGAGGACCAGAAGCGACAGGGGAAGAUCAUUCCUGACUUUCUGAUGGAGGACGGGAGUAGUGAGGAAGAAGACUCAGACUAUGAAGAAUCUGACGACUAUUAUUUCCUACAACCGCUGUCUAUAAAACAGAGGCGAGUCACACUGAAGCAGUCAGGUGUGAAAAAAAUUGAUAGUACCGAGAAAGAUUUCUGUAAGAAAGUGAGAAUUUCUCGUGAAUUUUGUGGUUGUGAUUGCAGUAUUUUUUGUGAUCCCGAGAGUUGUGCAUGCAGUCUGGCAGGCAUUAAUUGUCAGGUGGACAGACAGUCAUUUCCAUGUGGAUGUUCGAAAGAAGGCUGCGGAAAUCCCGUUGGUCGUAUAGAGUUUAAUCCACUGAGAGUAAAGACUCAUUUCAUUCAUACUAAAAUGAGACUGGAACUUGAAAGGCAGGAUAAUGAUAUUCCAGUCUCGGCAAAAGUGGAGAGUUCUAAAGAGGAGGAAGAAAAUCCUUCAGAAUCCGACAUAUCUAGUGAAAGCAACUCUCAAAGCAUGAUUGACUUGAGCGAAUUUAAUAGCAAUGAGCUCGGAAGUUGCCGGGACUGUCAGAAUUGGGAAGUGUGCAAUGUGAUGAUGCAGGAAGUGGAGAAUGCAGAAGCCGAGCAACAGAGAGCGGUUAUGAAUAUCUAUAGCAACGCUUCACAGCAGAUGACGGAAAUCUCCAACACUCUACCCACGAGUGUCUUAAUGUUUAAUGACAAUGAAAAUGACCUUUAUCGUUCUGAGAAUGGUCCAUCUUAUUACCCGUAUAAACGAGAUGGAAGCUACUCAGGAACGGAGGCCUGUCCCAAUAAUAAUACACCAAACUAUGACGAGAGAACAGAGUUUCCCAAAACUUAUCAGACUCUUUCAUCCUAUGGCAAUUCUGUUGGCUGCGGUACUGUGGGAUAUUGUGACAAUGAGGACAAGACCAAGUCAUCGUAUCAGCAAAACGGCCAUUAUUACCCAAAGUUCAUCAAUGCUGUAAAUACCAACAGCCUCGAAUACAAAGUCGAAUCAUCAUACUCUGACGUACAACACUUCGAUUGGGAGCAACAUAAAAUGAUGCAAAUUCAGGUGCAACAGAACUCUUUAAACCAGAAUGCUUGCAGUUACACAACCAUGACAAACACGACUAGUGACAAAAUAGCGGAGGCUUGUCCUGGCAUCUCCUCACAUAUCAGUAGCAACAACAACAUGGAGCACUCCGCCACGCCCGUCGAUGAAUAUUCCGAGAGUUACAACUGUGAGACCAAUAUUGUCACAGGCAAGACAUAUUUGAACCUUGACGGAAACAUGACCCCCCAGGAACCGAAAAUGGAGACCACUGCAACUAGGACACAGCCUCAUUCUGGGCUAAUGGAUGUUAAUUGUCAAACAGGAGGAAGCUCCAACUUUGGUGAAAUUAUCAAAGAGUCCCUAGUGGAAACAGUGUCAGCAUAAAGAUUAUAGUUCCAUCAAGAAAUUUCUCUCCUAAUAUUCUAUGUGCUAAUAAAAUUUUAAUGUUUAAUUUAAAAACCAAUAUUUGCCAGUUUAGUGCUUCUUGUGCAUCAUGUACUAGUAGUAUUACUAUGAAACAUGUAUUGUUGGAAGUUUAUUUUUUUUGCAAUGAGCAAAAUUAUAUUGAUCUCUAGAAGUUGGCUUUUAUCAUUUUCUUUUUUCUACUUACAUGAUCACAAGCGAACCAUUUCAUGCAUGCUCUUGUCAUAAUUAUUUUCUGUCAUGUUUUGUAUUCAUGUAUAUGUGUAUACAUGUAUAUAUAUCUUAAAAUAUAUAUAUUGGUGUUUGUACAGUGUUUUAAUGUAUGACAAAAAAGAGUGGCAAGUUUCUAAGUCAUGAUCUGAUAUGCAUUUAAUUUUUAUUUUUAAAUAGAAUUUACAUAUAUACGUUGUAGAUCGGAAAAAGAUCUGCAGUAAAAUGGUUGUCUUUAGUGAGUUUUUAUAAGAUGAAGAUACAUAUAUUGAACAAAUAUUUCUGUUAUUUAUGUUUUAUGCCUUUUUAGUAGUGUUACUUACAUGUAGCAAAUAGUGCACUUUGUUGGAUUUUUAUUUUAUUGUUUAUACAAAGACUGUAUGAAUUUUUGAUGAACAAUCUCAUUUUGCUUUAAUAAGUACCUAGGCUUUACUGUGUCUAAAUUUAAAGAAUAGAUUGUUUAAUAUGUCUUACAAAUAAUGCAAAUAUUUUUUCCUCUUGCCUUGCAUUUUAAUUUUUUUUCUUUGAUGCAUUUAGUGGGGUCUCACACCUUUAUUAAAGGUAUUAUCUUGACACACAUUUUUGAAAAAUAACAGGUGCUUGAAAUUUCUGUGAAGAAUCUGUCCAUUAGAUAGCUGUUAUUAUUGUUUGAUUAAUUUAUGGAACCUUUCAGUGAGCAAAUUUUAUGCUACAGAUACAAACUUUUUAUUUCAGAAUCUAAAAUUACAACCAAAUGAAAAAUUUUAACUAAAUUCAAGUCAUUUUCUUUAUUAAGUUGUGGUCAGUUUCCUUUGAAAAAUAAAAAACAAGAAAUGUUUCCCUAUUAAAACUGAUGUAAAUAAGGUAGCCAUUUUUCUCAUGUUGAAAGUAAAAAAGCUUUCAAAUUUGUGUUAAAAGUCUUUGAUAUACAUGAUAUAUAUGCAUGCUGAUCAUGAAAUUAGCAAUGAAAUGAUUAUGGAAGAGAUGUGCAAUUGAGAAUGAUUUAUACAAUUAGAUUGUUAAAUAUUUCAUGCAUUUAUUUUCUGAGGUCAUACACAGAUCUUACACAUCCUGUUCAUAUAUUUUUCUGAAUUGAAAACUACUGAUUUCAUAAUGUUCAUCCAUAUACUUUUAAAAUUUCAUUUCUCUUUGACAUCGCAAAUCUUCUCAGCUCGUUUUUAAAAGGGAUACCUAGGAGUGCCAUAUCACAUUGUUAUUUUUAUUCACCAGUAUCAUAGGCUUUAAAAAGAGUUUUAAAAGUAUUAUCUACUGCAAAAUAUUUAGAAUAUAAAAACUACACACAUUUAGCGAUAUUUUUCCUACAUUAAUAUGGUGCCAAAGAUACAGCAGUGGUUGUGUUGCUGCUAGUUAUGUCACUAGAGCUACAAGAAGAAAAGUGACUAACUUUAUUUUCCUCUUUUAAAAUUGUUUUUUAUUGGACAAUGGAGAACACAUUAUAUCUUUAUCUUUUGAAAUUCAUCUUUUUUCUCUUUUAAAAAGAGUAUUGCUAUAAAAAU